AAAAGAGCGUCGAGAGAACGAACAAACGAACGAACAAACAUUGUUGGUUAAGUGUCGCGCGCGCAUGAUCCUCCAAAACAUUUACCAACUACAAACUUCACAAAUCGCGCUAACCGGACUCAGUAUCUAGUUGGCUUGGGCAAGCGCACGCACGUGUGGUACCCAAGUAGGCUCUGUUCUCUUCUGUCAACACAUUCUCUUACUUGUGAUUCUUCGAUUCUACGAUUGGCAACUAGUCGCAACCGCGAAAACUUAAAUGAAAAUUUUUUUCUACUGUUGAGUUUCAAUUUUCGGUGGUGGCGUUCCUCUUCCCGGACUCCGGAUUCAAUUGGAUUUUUUUUAAAGUGUGGUGCUAAAUAAAACUGUCAGUGAAAUUAUUUAGUUAAUGGAUAAACACGAGAGAAGAAUAACGAAUUCGAUUAGAAAGUGCGUACGCAAGUGCGUGGAUAAAAAACUAUAAAUUUUAAGCAGCAAAUUUCGGCAAAGUGAAAGUGGACCCGCUGAGUGAAAGUUUUGUAUUGUUAGUUUCGGACAGUUAAACAGAAUCAUGGAUUCACCCCAAAUGUACGACAACCAACAGCAUUCGCAAAAUAAUGCUGUCAUUAACAAUGAAGCAAAAAAAACCGUAAUUAUGAACAACAAUAAUAAUAACAACAAUCUGACGACGCUGAACAAUAAUACCGGGUCAAAGCAGACGACGGCGUUACUAAAGCAGCAUCAGCUGCAACAGUACCAGCAGCACGGGGAGCUAAGUGACCUCAACACCCCGGAAAUCUCACUGGACCUGCAGGGACUUAUCGACGAUUCUCAGUUCAGUGAUGGGUUGUUUACUGACAUUCUGCAAAGCCAACAGGGCAAACACAUCCAGAAUCUGCAUUCUCGACAAGUUAUGGGGGUGCAAAACACAAACUAUCCCAGAACGACGCUGGCUUACAUGCCGCAGCCGGUUCACAGUGGUGCUACGUAUUCGGCAACUCAAAACUCUAACAGUGACUCUAACAGUUCCAUUGCAAGUGACGUGCCCAGCAUCAAAGAAGAACCCGUUGAUCCCCAGGAAUUCUCCAGAGGACAACCAUGCAACAUCAUUCCAAACAACUACAUAGCAGGAUAUCCGACGAAUCCUGGUGCGACCUUCACCAACCUGACUCCCAGCCCAGUGAUACAUCACCAGUUAAACAUGAACGCCAUGAAAAACAAAUCGGUGAUGCUAAAUAAUCACGUGGCAAGGAAAAAUAUGAAACCGUGCGACAAGAAUAGCGACGAAUAUAGGCGAAGGAGAGAAAGGAACAAUAUCGCUGUGAGAAAGAGUAGAGAGAAGGCGAAAGUGCGUACCAGAGAAACGGAAGAAAAAGUGAAAAUUCUCAUCAAAGAAAACGAAAGACUGCAAAAAAGGAUAGAAUUGCUGACGGAGGAACUAAACGUCCUUCGAAGUCUGUUUUCGAACGUUGGGGUUCUGCCAGAGCAUGUACACCGAGAGAUUAACAAACACCUGGACAACUUCCAGCUGCAGCACCAACAGCAACAGCAUAUGUCCGAAGACAAUAGGCAAAGAAUGAUGGAAAUAGUGCACGACUACGGGCCAUAGCCUUCAUGAAAAGCUCUAAUGUUAGGUGUUAGGUAAUACGAAUUCGAAGCUUUAAUUUUGUGAGACAAAAUCUAAAUUUGUUAUAGACUAUAAAACGAAUGUUCGGAGAGUUACUUUACCGUGGAUCUUAAAGAUUCGUUUUAGUAUAAUUCUAGAUCUCCUUUAUUUUUACAAUAAUGACGUGUUCUGGACUAUUUAAUUUAUUAGUAAGUACUAAGUGACGUUCUGCAAUGAAAUUAUUACUAUUUUUUUUUAACUCCGCCAGAGUCUAAAUCCAUCGAACCAAAAUAAUUUCUUUGCAAAACGACCCAAGUUUGUUAACGGGUAUUAAUGAUACAUUAUAGUUUUAUUCCGUUCAAUUUUUGUGAUCAAUAAUAAAAUUGUAUUUAAAAUACGAAUAUAUUUUUUAACCGAUGCAAUCAUGUACCUUUUUUAUUAUUAGUAAAUUAAUUGUAUUUUUGGAUAUGUUUUUUACAAAAAUAUAUCGUUGUUGUAUCUUUAUUAUUUUAUUGUAAUAUAUUGUUAAAUUUAAGCCUAUUUUGUAA